AUGGCGACUGCGACUCCUCAGGUCGGUGCUGCUAUCCCAGCUACCACCCCCGCGCCCAAACAACUUUCCGGCCUCGAUCUCUACAGCAGAUUCGCCUUCGCUGGUGCAGUCUGCUGCUCUGUCACCCACGGUGCCCUCACCCCCGUCGAUGUCGUCAAGACGAGAAUCCAGCUGGACCCUGCGACAUACAACAAUGGCAUGAUCGGUGGUUUCCGAAAGGUCAUUCAGAAUGAGGGUGCUGGUGCUCUCUUGACUGGUUUCGGCCCUACCGCAGCAGGUUACUUCUUGCAGGGUGCCUUCAAAUUCGGAGGUUACGAGUUCUUCAAGCAGCAAUCCAUCAACCUCCUCGGCUAUGAGACCGCCUCAAACAACCGCACUGCUGUCUACCUCGCCUCCUCUGCCGCCGCCGAGUUCUUCGCCGAUAUUGCUCUCUGCCCUCUCGAGGCAACCCGUAUCCGGUUGGUCUCGGAACCCACCUUCGCUUCUGGCCUCGUUGGCGGUUUUGGCAAGAUCUUCAGAAACGAGGGUAUUGGCGCUUUCUACAGCGGUUUCGGUCCCAUCUUGUUCAAGCAGGUCCCUUACACAAUGGCCAAAUUCGUCGUCUACGAGAAGGUCGCCGAGGCGGUUUGGCGCUCGUUGGACAAGGAGACCGCUUCCGAUGGCACCAAGACUGUCGUCAACCUUGGCUCUGGUCUGAUUGCUGGUUUUGCUGCCGCCAUUGUUUCCCAACCUGCCGACACCAUGCUCUCCAAGAUCAACAAGACCAAGGGCCUGCCGGGUGAGAGCACCACCAGCCGACUUUUCAAGAUUGCAAAGGAGCUUGGUUUCCGUGGUAGCUAUGCUGGUAUUGGUGCUCGUCUGUUCAUGGUUGGUACCUUGACUGCCGGUCAAUUCGCCAUCUACGGUGAUAUCAAGAGAAUUCUUGGCGCGACUGGUGGUGUCGAGAUCUCCAAGUAG